AUGUUUACAAAAUUAAUGGCUGCCGACGAACACAACGUGAGCACCGCAAGAAUAGAGAAAAACUCGAAAUCUGGCACGAUGGAAGGUUCCUCAGACGAAGAAUUUCUCCCCGGAUGCAAUACUAUUGACGAUUUUAUUAAAAUGGGCUACAAAUCCGUUUUAGAAAUGACAAAAGUUUCUAACACUUUGCCUAGUGAAGAACAUUUUCACUAUUACUCCAGCUACCCUGCUUUUGAAGAGGCAAUGACUAAACAGGGAAAUCAGGCCCUCAAAUGCAUUUCAAGUGUCAUUCAGAAUUCAGGAGUGAAGGGAAAUAUUAUUAGAAGAGACCUGGAAGAGAAAUUCGAGCUGCUUUUAGACACAACUGAUACAAUCCUAGAGCAAGUUGCUUUGAACCUGGACGAAGUUGCAGGCAUCAGGAAAAACCCGGCUGUGGAGACGAGUGAAGCAAAGAAAAACAUAAUUGUGGCCAGACCAUUGAGUGGAUCUUGGAACCAAUCUUACCUUCCACCGCAACACUCCAGUAGUCCUCAGGCUGCAAGGAGUCCAGCCGGCUCUCCGAUGGUCGCUCGUCCCAACCUGCCAAAGGUCACCACAAAACCUCAGUUGAGCUUUCCAGACAAAAUUGACAACUCGUCUGGACCUUUUGAACCCAUAUUAAAGGAGAAACCGAAUGCCCUGAAACCCCUGUCCAUCCUACUUUACCAAACUGACUUUGGUGAAUGUUUCAACCACCCUUACGAGUAUGAAUUGGACUUGUUUAACCCUCCUGAGGACCAACUAAAAGAGGUCGAACCAAAAUUACCUCGGCCAGUAGAAACUCCGGUGGAAUUUGUUGAGAAUGUUCAGCAACUGCAAAACAUGCUGCAGCACCUUAAGAACUACAAGGAAUUGGCAAUUGAUCUGGAGUACCACAACUACAGGUCUUUUCAAGGUUUCACGUGCUUGAUGCAAAUCUCAAGCAGACACACAGACUUCAUCGUGGACACCCUCAAACUGAGAGGCGAGCUACACUGUCUCAAUGAGAUUUUUACUAAUCCAAAAGUCGUCAAGGUUUUACACGGUGCUGACAAUGACGUCGAGUGGCUGCAGAAGGACUUUGGCCUAUACCUGGUCAACAUGUUUGACACGCAUCAGGCUAGUAAGCUACUGAACCUUCCCAGGCUGAAUUUAGCUUUCCUGGCUAAGCAUUACUGUGAUUACGACAUGGACAAGAAAUACCAAUUGGCCGAUUGGCGCUUGAGGCCUCUGCCGAAGGAAAUGAUCGAGUAUGCUAGGAUGGACACACACCUUUUGCUUUACAUUUACGACAGGCUUAAAAACGAUUUGUGGCAGACUGGACUCAACUCAGACCGGCUCAUCAGGGCCGCCAUCCAUCAAAGUACUCAACUCUGUAAAAAGAUUUACGUGAAGCCACAGCUGACAGAGGAAGCGCACUUGGUGUUGUACCAGAAGUCUCGCAAGAUGUUCAACAAUCGGCAGAUGUGUGCGCUUAAAGAGAUUUUUGCGUGGCGCUUCCAGACGGCCGCCACUGAGGACGAAAGUGUGCAGUUCGUGCUGCCCAACCACAUGCUUCUGCAGAUUGCGGAAACGCUGCCCAGGGAAAUACAGGGUAUCCUCGCCUGCUGCAAUCCCAUCCCAUCGCUUGUCCGCCAGAACCUCAACACGAUUCAUAGGCUGAUCCUCGAGGCCAGGGAGAAGCCCCUCAUCCAGACCGCUGCCACAGAGGAGAUAAGCGUGCGUCCAAUGCAAACAGAAUGGACCAAGGUGAACAUCGAGUCGACGCUGCACUGUCCGCACCAGCUGCUGAAGGACGAGCAGCGAGACAACCUGCCGACCCUGCUCGGCGACGACAAACCCAAGCCUGCCCCCAAAAAUGGUGACAUUCUCAAGAACACUGCCAGGAUCGGCGUCUUCAGCGCCUUUGAUCGACCUGCGCCUGUUUCGAUUAAGAAGGUUUUGAGCCCUUACCAGCGGUACUUGAUGGCGAAACCCUACCUGCAGCACUUGGCUCAACUCGCCGCCGAGAAAGAGGCCGAAAAACCAGCCCCGGCGCCAUUGGCUCCGCUCCAAGGACUGAAGCUGGUGCAGAAACACUUUGAGCAGUUGGACAGCCGUACAGCCGCCCAAAAUAAGCCGAUCAAGAGGCCUCGGUCAGAGAGCGAGGAGAUUGAAGGCGAACAGGAGCCUAACAAAAAAACACGCACAGAAGCGGGUGCUGAGGAAGCUGGGGAGCCGCAACCCGCUGACAAUGGAGAAAUUAAAUUUAGUGAUAGCCCAAGAGAAAAAAUCAAAGACUUCAGGCCAGGGAGGAAGAAUUUCACUGUCAACGAUAUUCAAUCCAAGUUCCAGAGGAAUAAAAAGAAAAGUAUGUUGAAGAAGAGACAAGGCUUGUCCAACCAACAGGGCAACUGGUCCAACGGCGGACAGCCGCAGCAAGGUCAAAACCAACCCAGCACAAGUAGUCAGUCUUUCGACUACAAUCAAGUGGACUUCAACAAGUUCCAGGGCGGCAGCAAAGCCGCCAACAAGAAGAACAUGCGCGACAAAGGUAGCCGUGGGAAAGGCAAACAGAAAAAGCGAUUCAACUUCCCUCAACGCCAGAACCAGAAGAGCCACACAUACAAAUCGUGAGUCUUGAUUUCAAUGUUCGCUUAAUGACACAAAGAGGAUUGAAUAAAAUUUCGUAUCAUACAAUCAG